UACAGUUAGAUGUUCAGUGUAUGUCUUCAAUGCCAGGACCGCCACCGUGGUCUAGUGGUAGUGCGUCCGCCCGGAGAGCGAAAGGUCCGGGAUUUGAUCCCCGGUCACGUCAUACCAAAGGACGUUAACAGAUGGUACUUGUUGUUACCCUGCCUGGUACUCGGCAUUACGUGGAUUAAACAAGGACCGUUUGGUAUUCAUGUUAAACUGCGGCAUGGUAUCUCAGUGGGCUAGCACUAUAAAAUCGACAAUAGUGCGGACUAGUACAGCCACAACACACGUGCAUGCACGUCGCUAUAUAAGUGCAAUAAUCUUGGACGCGACGUUAAACCCUAUAUCACCUUACCUACAAUGCCGGUUUUUACAUCGCUUAGAUUCCUUUGCAAUGAAUCCUCCUUUGUCCGGGCCCCGUUAACCCAGUCACCCUUGUCUUCCGGGCGAUUACUGUAAAAGGCGACUAACAGGAUCGGGUGGUCAGGCUCGCUGACUUGGUUGAUGCAUGUCAUCGAAUCCCAAAUUGCGUGGAUCAAUGCUCAUGAUGUCUAUCACUGGAUUGUCUGGUCCCGACUCGAUUAUUUACAGACCACCGUCACUUGGCUGGAAUAUUGCUGAGUGCGACGUAAACAACAAACAAAUAUUACGUCGCAAAUCACGUAUUCGUUAAUUCGACAUUUAUUAAUUCCCAUAUCUUAAACUACGUGCAUGGAUAAUACAAUGUGUAUAUAUAAUAUAGCUACACAACAGGCAAGGAAUAUGGGAGCGAUCUCAAUUAGGCGAAGAGACGCGUGUUGCGUUACUUACUUAUGAGUGAGUGAGUAUGGUUUCACGCCGCUUUUAGCAAUAUUCCAGCCAUAUCACGGCGGGGGACACCAGAAAUUGGCUCCACUCAUUGUACCCAUGUCGGUAAUCGAACCCGGGUCUUCGGCGUGACGAGCGAACGCUUCAACCACUAGGCUACCCGACCGCCCCGCGUUACUUAUGAUUCUGAUCUUACUGGUUAACUUGCACGUGCAUGUCGACGUUUUCAAAACAAGGAAGUAACUACAGCCAUUAUAGUUCCUACUUUGAACAGGCAGAAAUCUGCCAAAUUCGUUACCGUCAUAAAAACAAGAAAUUACAAUCAAUAUAUACAGAUGCUGGUUGUUAAUCUUCUGCGAAAUUUUGGAAAUCAGAAAGAUUAAUUCAAAGGUUAAUGUAUCUAUAAGACCAUGUGAAUGAUGCUUCGCCUAGGUGUUGAUAUAAACUGACUCAUUUCAAGGGCGUAAUCUCGUCAUUUGAUUCGAACCAUGCUCGGCGGUGAUCUAUGAGAUAUUAAUCAAUUAACAUUGCGGGCCUCUUCAAAAUAAAUACUGUAUCAGAGGCUAUUGAUGAACUAUACUACAUAAAGAAUGCCAGUAAAAUAUACCAGUCUCUUAUAUUCUGUGUGGUGUAUAAACAAAAUCAAACAAAUACAUUAAAUUCCACUCAGGAGAUAUCGGCCAAACAGCCAGCGCUCUGUUUCUUUAGCUUGUGUCAAUCCAGACUCACACUCGCAGAUCUACGCAAAACACACUGUCUGUCAUAACGUCAGUGUACACCGAUAUAAACAAUCGCUGCACUGUUGACGCCAAACACCUCGUGCUAUCGUUGUCAAUAUUGCGUUUCACAUGUUCAACGAGACACGAGGCUGCUCUCUUUGACUCUGAUAUUGAAAAAAUGUUGAUGCUAUAUUUGCGGGCGACACUCCUCUUAUUCGCUGUGUCAAGUUUCAGUGUAACAUUUGUACGGUCGGAGGGUUUGAACUCUGCACAGCCACCGCGACGCAGAGUGAUGAUAAUUUAGCAUGCUUCUGGGGAGACCUUUGUACCAUAGCUGAUGAUGGUAGUGCUGUUUGAAGCUGGAGUGGCGAGGAUCACGCGGACUUGUAUACCAUUGUGAUGAAUGCAUGCACCGAGAGGCCCCAACUGUCAUCGGAGUAUACGGGCAAGGGCAGAUGAAUGUAGACAAUCGCCAACGGAAAUCUGAACAUCAGUUUUUGGCAGGCAUGCUAUUUGUUCAUCGACAAAGGGAUACUCAUCUUUGUUACUGGACAGAGUCAGAAUGGUAGAGUGUUGUCACAGACUUCAGCACCACAAUACUACACAGGAGCAACUCAUCCUUCUCGCGCCAUGCCCGCCUCCGUGGAAACUAGACUUACUGCAAGACAGGGGAACGGAAAAUAGUAUACCACCAGAUGUUAUCGAUGCUAUCAACCAUCGAUGUCAACGGCAACUCUCACGUCACGUGAUGCCCAUGCAGGACGAGUCCAAGUGUGUUGGGGGUUGCAGGAUAGGUGCGACGUCGGCAGUUGCAGUAACUGUGUUGAUUGUCAUUGUUGGUCUACUCGUAUGGAAGCUGAAAUCAAGGCAAAGGUCACAUCGAUUGCCGCGAGUAAGGAUUCCAAACCCUGUGAUGGACUUGAAGAAUAAAAUAGAACUCUCCAUCAUCACAUUGGACGGGGACUCGAUCCUGUCUUACGACUCCGGGGCGUCUAACGAGGCCUACUCGACUACAGAUUUCACCGAGAAGGGGCGCACCUGGGAGCAGUGAUGCCAUGUGCGUGUGCGUGAGCGCAUGCACGUGGUGAGACUAUUACAAACUUGUCAAUAGCCAUUUGUACGGAAGCCUUUUAGGGCCAUUUGUUUCUUACUUUUUUCGAUACUAUCUUGAAAUUUCAAGAAACUAAGUUGAAAUUUCAAGAUACUAAGUUGAAAUUUCUAGAUACUAUCUAGAUAGUCUCGGGAAAAAAAUUAAAAAAACCAAAUGGCCCUAAAAAGCUUCCGUACAUUUGUCACCACUCGCCCCUUUCCGUAAUCUGCAAGAAGCUUGUCCCGAAUAACACGUGUUGGUCACGAAUGGUCCAUAGCAUAUUACCCAUGACAACGUUGGACGUGUUCAUUAAAAUGGUUUCUUGGAGAUAUGUUUGUGACCCCUAUAGUGGAGUGCAUGGAAAUGUGAAAAAGACUUGAAUGGGAGCAUUAAUAGAAGAAACAUGCCACACUGGCAGACACCUCUAACCAUUGAAGGGGGACAACUCAUGAAUGUCUUUGCCCAUCACCCAUGCGAGGGCUUGUAUUUCCGUACAUACACUUGAAUGGGAGGGUCACAAUCCGUAUUGAAGUACUAAUAUGAUAAUUUAUUGCACCGUUUGUUACUUGAAUGAUUUUGUUGAGUCGUUGUCUUUUGGUAUAAGUGUUAUUGUGUUUGUAAUGUUUUAAUUUACUUGUAUGUUGAUGCUUUAAACUUUACGGCAGGGCACAACCGGAUGAGAAUCGUCAAUAGUGUUUCAGGGAAUAUGGACUGUCGUUGAACUGGUUGAAACAGAAUAUAUCAAUUGUGUUCUUUAUAUUGUGCAUUUAUUUCGCUUUUUCCCAGUCUCUCUCUUCAACUCUGUACUUAUCUCAAGGGGCAAGGGCGCCCCAGUCUGUGCAGUUAAUAAUAAAAUUAAUAAUAUAUUUGCCCGAAAGGAAAUGUGUUAAAUAUCAAUUUCUGUGAUGGCAUAAGCUAUAAGAUAACAUAUUUACGUGAAACAAACACAAAGAGAAUUGAGAACAUAAGAGUUACAGAGGAAAGAUAUGAGACAAAAAAGCACUGACAAUGUGGACUGAGCAUACAAAUAAAAGGGGUAAAUGUGAUAAAAAUAAUGAAAGAAUGAAUUAUAUGCAGUUGCGUCCCUUAGGCGUGCCAGAAUCCUAUGAUCGUGGAUUCAAAUCCCAAAUCUGUUCUGAUGAUUUUUUUCUCUCUCAGCACAAUAUCCAUGUUCGUGGGUUUUACCAAAGAGGUAAUAAACGUCUAAGACCUGAGAGCAUCACAUUGGGUUUUCCUCCAGUUGAAAAUGCAGUGGUGGUACUGAAAAACUGUUCAAAGCAGCGUUCCAUGAACACAACCUUCUCACAAGACUCAACAGCUGUGUGGUGUCUCUGUCUGUCUGUAUUAUACACUGAACACAGAUUAUGUAUAUAAAGAAUAUUUUGUUA